AGAGAAAGGAGGGGGUGGGUGAAAGGAGAGCUAUGAUGCAGACGGCGAAUCACAUGAGCAGAGAUCUGUUUACAAACUGAGCAGGCAAGAAGUGUUCGGCACCAUUAUGAGCACCCAGAGCUGGAGAAGAAGAUUAGGAAAACAUUGGACCUGAGUACACACACACAAACGUACAGGGUGGACCCCUUUUCCCAACAAUGACAUCUUUGCUUUUCCUUUUCUCUUGCAUGCUUAUGGAGAGGAGAGAACAAGACAGAUGGUGAAGAGGGGAGCAAGCCAUCACCAGCACAAAGCCACUCUGAGCUUUUGAAGCAGGUAAAUUCACGCAGGAGAUCAGUCUUACUACGUCUGCUUCUUUAUGAUCUGGACAGGAAGACUGUCCUUGGGAAAAAGGACAAGAAAACCAGGUGGAGCAUGAGAAAGGUGGGAGAAGGCAGCACAUGGACAAAUUGAUCUUUUGAUAGUGUUUUGAAGCUAGACAAAGCUAAGUAGUGCCAUAAGUUUAUGCCUUGUAUAUGUGCUCACCCAGAAGAAUACAGAGCACUUGGUGUAAUUGUAUGGUUAUUGCAAUGACAAGAACUGUAAAAAGCCAAUUGUAAACACCUCACCUUACACUACCGUCGAAACUGCCUUAAAAAUCGAGCUACAAAAGGGACGGCUUGACAUACCAAAACGUCAAGUUUGGUUUUGGACCAUGACACUGGACGAAAGAGAAAGUCAGAGCCAUACUAUGUGUUAAGUACCAUGUUGCAUGUUUUUUUCCUGGAAAAGAAGAAGUGAGCAUUUUAAUCUCAGUGCCAUUUUUGAACUGGAAAAGUGUGUGACUUGACUUCAGCCAAGAAAUCAUGCUCAUCCUGCCUCCAUGCAAAUGGGCAAGGGAAUGUGGUGGGUGCUCAUAAUGUGUUAACCAGAGACAGUGAGGAUUUCAUGAACUGUAGCUUUGUUGUGGGAGUUUCCUGCAAGCCAGAGUCCAGAUUAUUUAUCCGAUUUUUUAAAGUGGAUAUAUCUAACUUGCUGAUUUCAACAUUGUCUUUCUGGAACUCAUUACUGAUUGGCUGGAUCGACUGAAACAACUUAAACCUCCUGUUCAUGAACGUACUCCAGUGGGAUAACAGAUGUUUGUGUGACCAAAGCCUACACAUUUUAGACUGCAAAAUGACCUCAGAAGUCACGUACCCCCUCCCCCUGAACGUCUAUAUCAUCAUUCUUGGCAUUGGCCUCUUCAUCUUUAUGUUGAGCCUCAUCUUCUGUUGCUAUCUGUUCAGCCUGAGACGACAGGUCACACGGGAGCAGUUUGGAUACAAUGAGGUUGUCCUGAAAGGAUCAGAGAAGAAGCUAAGCCUUCUUGGUCAGACCUGUGCUGUUUGUCUGGAGGAGUUCAGGAGCAGGGAGGAGCUCGGUGUUUGUCCCUGCUCACAUGCUUUUCACAAGAAGUGUUUGGUAAAGUGGCUGGAAAUCCGAAGUGUCUGCCCCAUGUGUAAUAAACCAAUCUGCAGGCUCCAUCCUAACCCUCAGCAGGGGGCUGAUAGCCUACAGAACCCCAUGCAGGUGUGACAGAAGAGGCAUGGUGUAGGGAAGAGAAAGAUAGAAGAGUCUCUCGUCAUGUGGAACUUGUUGAGCUUCAAUCAAGAACAAAGUAAAAAAAAAAAAAAAAAAACACAUGACAUCAUGAAGCCCAUUCCAAUCUCAACUGACUUCCUUACAAACACUUCUCUGCUGUCCAACGAGGACUUUUCACACAAAGAUGUCUCGAAAGUCUGAACACAUUUAGCCUGCAGCUAGCCUUAAUAAAACAUAUGGAUGUCAUAUGGAUGGGUGAAGAUGAAGAGAAAGGGAUUCAAAUUUGAAUUAAGUUGAUCAGUUGUACAGUAUGUGGAUGCAUUGAGAAGACAUGGCACAAUAUACUGUAUAUAUUUAUAUAUAUUCAUAACACUGUCAGUGGCAGAGGACGCUAUAUUACCACAGACAAAUAAGCAGUCAUUAUACAAAUUUGUCAUUUGAACGCAUUUAAAGCAUUUUAGCAUCCCAACCCUGGUCCAGAAUAUUUUCAUUUAUUCAUUCAUUCAACUUCAGUAACUGCAUCCUAGUCAGGGUCAUGAUGGAUCCAGAGUCUAUCCUGGGAACACUAGGUUUGUGGUGUGAAUACACCCUGGAUGGGUCUCUAGUUCCAUCAUCGUCAAUCAUAGGGAACCAUGCACACACACACACACACACACACACACACACACACACACACACUAGCAUAUUCACUUUUAACAUUUUUAUCUUGCCAAAAUUUGUGUGAAAUCACAAAGAACCUACUGAAUAUGAAUAACCUAAUUAUUAUUAUUAUUAUUAUUAUUAUUAUUAUUAUUAUUUUAAUGCCUGUCAUGGUAGUCCCAGCACUCCAGAUUCAGGACCAAGUUUGGUUGAACAGGAGUUUUGGAUAGUCUUUUUAAGUUAUUUUGAAGUAGUUAUUUUAUAUUGUAUACACUCCUCAAUAAAGUGUAACAUCUCA